AUGGCGAGCGGCGAAGAUGACCUUCCUCUAGAUGAAGAACAAGAGCAUUUUAGGAUAAUUAAUGAGAAAUCAGUGGAUGAUAUAACAUUGGCAUUUUUCUACAAACCACAUACUAUAACUUUAUUGACAGUUUCAGUGAUAGGAUUGCUGUACGCUGCCUUCACGAGAAAUGAUUCUGGACCAGAAGAUAAUUUAUGGCAUGGAUUUUGUUGUGUGGUAUUCUUUUUCUUGGUGAUUAGUCUGUUAGCUUUCCCUAAUGGUCCUUUUACCAGGCCACACCCAGCCCUAUGGAGGAUUGUCUUUGGUUUAAGUGUCCUGUAUUUCCAUAUACUUGUUUUUUUCCUGUUCCAAAACCGUCAGGAUGUGAGGAAAAUGAUAGAAUGGUUGUAUCCUGACUUGAAAGGGGUUGGACUAUCAGAAAAGGAAUAUGCCGUGAAUUGUUCCCAGAUUGAUGUAGCAAGAAUAUGGUCACACUUAGAUCUAUUUGCAGUGGCACAUUUUUUAGGUUGGACGCUAAAAGCAUUGUUGAUCAGACAUUAUGGAAUAUUGUGGACAAUUAGUGUCUUAUGGGAAUUUUCUGAGAUUGUAUUUUGUCAUCUACUGCCAAACUUUGCAGAAUGUUGGUGGGAUUCUUUAAUCCUUGACGUGCUGAUAUGUAAUGGUCUGGGAAUCUGGAUUGGCAUGGAAAUCUGUAAAAAGUUAGAAAUGAGAAACUACCAUUGGGAAAGUAUAAAAGCUAUACAUUCUACAUCAGGAAAGAUCAGAAGAGCAGUGCUACAGUUCACACCAGCAAGUUGGACUCAUGUGAGAUGGUUGGAUCCAAAUUCAUCUUACAUGAGAAUAGUUGCAAUCUGCAUAAUUAUUGUAUUCUGGCAGGUAGUAGAAUUGAAUACGUUUUUCCUGAAACAUAUACUAGAAAUACAAGAAUCUCAUCCUCUAAACUUAUGGAGGCUUUUUCUUAUCAGUCUUAUAUCUGCACCAACCAUAAGACAAUGGUAUGUUUAUGUGACAGAUGUGCAAUGUAGGAGAGUUGGUGUUCAGUGUUGGAUGUUUUGUGCAAUAACAUUGACAGAAGCAAUAUUAUGUUGUAAGCUUGGAUUAGAGUUGUUUAAACAGACAUCAGUUAUAUAUUUAUUACUGUGGUUAACAAUACAGAUUAUUGGUAGUGGUUUGUGUGUUUAUUUGUGUGCAUUGUAUGCUAAAACAUGGAGAUGGAAGACUCUCCAUGAAGGUGUUUAUCUGACACAGGCAGAGCUAGAUUCAGAAGCCAAAAACGGAUCGUAUCCAAAUUCUCCCAAACGAACAAUUGGCAAUGUAAAUGGCCAGAAUUUAGUAUCUAAAACAAAAGAUAAAGAUGUGAAGUAUAAUUUACGGAAAAGAGAGAUUCAGCUUACUACUGGUCAUUAAAUUAUACAUUGGUUAUAGUUACGGAGGAAUUUUUCUCUCUUGGGUAAUUUUGCAAUGUGUUCAUUGUAAGUACUUAUUGAAGAACUCACUGCCUAAGAUUACUCAGACUUAGUGUUCAUAUUAACGUUUAUGGAAACCAUUUUAUAGAAGUAAUCUGAAAUUCUUAAAUGAAUAGAUAACUAUCAUAGAAUUGUCAGCCAUCUUUUAUCUGUUUUGGAUUUAAAAGAUAUAAGGAUCUGGUAGUCAUCAAACAACUCUAUCCUUCGGUCUUUUUUAACUGCCAUGGAAAGUUUACAUAAUUCAGUAGAACUAUGUGAUGUAACAUCAUGUUGUUGUAUAAAGGGCUGUUCCAGAAUUAAACGCAGUAGGGGCAUGGGAGACACUUUUUUAGGACACCAACCCAUUCGAAGGAAAAUACAACCACCAACAAUUAACUAAGUUGAUCGUCUUCCAAGCCCCACACUACGUUCAAUUUAGGAACAGCCCUUAACUGUUGGUUAUACAUUGUUACUUAUAAACUAAUUGUUAAGAGAUAUCCUAGGUAGAAUGUAGGCACUAAUUUCCAUUAGAGUUUGUAAUAAUUCUAGCAUAAGUAAUGACUAUUGAUGCCAUGAUGAGUAGCAAAGAUUACCUGGGAUUAUUUUUGUCAAAUGUAUACAUAUUGUAUAUUAACUUAUGAGAUUAUUUUUGUGAGAUUUUAGCAUUUGUUCCUUUAAUGUGAAAAGAAUUGAUUUUUUGUUCUUCAAAAGUUUCAUUAAAGUUUGUAGUACAAAAAAGUUAUAUAUUAAUUGUUAAUGAAUAUUAAACUUUUUACUCUCUCAGAAUCCACUCACAAUCUUUGCAAAUUUAAAAAAUUGGCUCAUAUGAUUGGACACAUGUAUGACAGCUUGCUGUGAAUUUUGCCCUUUGAUAUUAAUUAUGAUACAAUUUCCCUUGGAUUGAUGAUUAGGAAAACUUUAGAAAUAAUAUUUUAUAACAUGAUGAAAUACUUAGUCCCAUAUUUUGCUCAAUGUUCUGAAAAAGGGCUUUUGAUGCCUUGUGAUAAAUACUAUGACAACUUUCAAAAGAGUUUUAAAAGAAAGGGAAAAUGAUUAUCCAUAAUUUUGUUCUAUCACAAGAUAAUUUUCCCUCUAAAUUAUUUACACAUUGAACUGAUAACCAUAAUGGAUUCAGUGGUACAUUUGUAACCAUAGACAUAUACUUUAGUCUAUGAUAGAAUAGUAUAAAUACAAAACCUAGUGAAUGAUUACAUUGUGAUAGUGUUAUUUUGUCACAAUUUCCACUUAUUAUUUGUUGUCGCUAUGUGCUGCCAAAAGCUAGUCAAAUAUUUGUUUUCGUUUUAGAAGAAAUGAUGCCACAAAUAAUUUGUUUGACAGAAGUUUUGUUGAACUUGUAAAUAAACCAGUAAUUUUUAUGUUUGCCAAAUAAGAACCUGAUAAAUUUUUAAUAGCAACUGCCAAACUAAUCAUGAAUCAAUUUUUGACACACCAUGAUAAUUGUUACGAACGUAAUUAGUUAGACAUUUAAGUUUAUUGCAUCAAUAGUAUUCUGAUAUUGUUUUGUAUUGUUUUUUUUUAGAAUGAUAUUUUAUAUAUUUUACUCAGUAUUUUCAUUUUUAAAGUUAUUUAUACUUGUAUGUUGUCUGUAUGUGAGAAUAGUUUGGACAGAUAUUUAUGUUGUUAACUUUAAAUAUCUCUAUGUUGAAGUUUGCUGAUCAGUCAGUUAUGAUUUAUUUAUUACAUUUGUUCAUUAUGUGCUCAUUGCCAGUAGUAUAUUUUUUGUAAUCGAUUUACUGAUAUUGUAGAUUUCAUAUCUCAGAUUUUGGAAUUUUUAGUAGCAAUAUUGAUCUGUUCACUAAAAUCUAUAAAUACAUUAGGAUUUUUUUUAUCUUUGAACUUGUACUGCCCCUUUAGUCUUUUUUUACAUUGAUUAUAAUUUUCUUCAUUUAUUCAUAUUUCAAUUAGAGUCAACCAAACAGUCGCAUACAAUUGUUACCUUUUGACCAGAAUGUUUUCAUCAAUGACUGAUUAAUUAUUGUGUACUUAAUGUUCAGUGGAAAAUAUUUCUAACAUUUUCGGGAAAAUUAGCAUUUUGAUUAACCUUUCCGCAGCUUAAAAUCCAUGUGUCAGUGAGCGGAACACCUAACUAACAUAUUUUAUAUUUUGAAGAUGAUAUAUUAACAAUUAAAUUACAUGUAUGUUUCAUUGUAAUAUGUUAUUUUGAUUGGCUAACAGUAAUCUCGUGUCAUUCUGUAGUUAACCUUCAUUUCAAAAUGAAAUGUAACAUUUAUGAUGACACGAGCUUCCAAAAUAAAGUGCACAGGUAAAUAAAAGAAAAACUUGAUAGAAAUCAUGUUUUCAUGAUCCUAGCAAAAAAAUGUAAUUAUAAGUAUUGAAUGCUUCUUUUAGUAAUUUUAUAGGGUUGUAAAAGCGUUGACUGUGCACACAUUUUUAGAAUGAAGAAUGUACUUCGAUCAACGCUUUUACACCCCUAUAAAUUUACAAAAAGAAGCAUUCAAUUCUAAAAUAAAACUGUUUAUUUUUUAACAGAUAAAUCAUACCAUAUAGCAUUAAUUUAAAUUACUGUUAUGAUUUAAUUUAAGUAUACAGGGACCAAGCUUUAAGUUUAUACCAUGAAGAUGUCAAAGAAGAAUUCUAGACUCAACACGGAUUUUAAAAGGGCAAAGGUUAUUCAUUUCCAAUAAGGGCUAUUCCAUUAAAAUGUAUGUGGGAGGGAAGGAAGGGACUUUCAAAAUAUCCCUACAACCAAGAACCAUUUUUUAGAUAAUUUUGCCUAAUGGUAAUAGACGCAUACUGAAAAAAGACCCAUGACCCACAUUCAAUAAUUAAACUUCCCUUCCUACCCUCCCACAUACAUUUAAAUGGAAUAUCCCUAAUGAAUUUCAGAAAUUCUAUUUUUGAAGGAUUUGCUUCUGAUUUUCAACCAAUAAAAAGCUGAGAUGAAAUUUUGUUAAUGAGGGAUUUACAUAAACAGCAAGUUAGGGUCAUAUUAGUUUAUUGACAUGGGCAAAUGUCAAAUCUUAAUUUGUUGAGCAUCACAGAGAAAUGUUGUUUUUGAAUCAAUAUUUUGUUUCUCAGUUUAUUCUACAUAGAUGUAAAAGUAGAUGGCUUAAGCUUAUUCGGUACUUAAACCUUUUUUCAUUAGCCUUUUAGUUUUUUUUUUUUUUCAAAUCCAUGAAACAAGGUUAAAUAUACAUGGUUUAUUAUUAGAAGGGUAUCUCCUUGGUUAACCUAUAAAGGUGAAUGAAAACUGUUAUGAUUUGUGUCUGUCUAGGAAUGUAAUGUACGAUUUCACCCAUGAUAUAGGAUGGACUUGUACUUGAAAUUAGAAAGUGUAAUAUAUGAUUUUUGUUGUAGAAAUCAGAGGUUUUAUAUUGUAUUGUAUCAAUAUAUGUGUCAUAAUACUGUUUAAAUCAUUAACUAAAACAAUAACCAUUAGUAAGAGAUGCCAAAGUCACUUUAUGUCAAACAAUUGUAUCUUUUCACUUUAAAUGUUGUUGGUACAUUUUUAAUGUUCAGUUAUGGUCUUAAUGUUGUUGUUUCUUUAAACCAUGAUACAUAAGAAAAAUAAGGAACUAUAUGUAAAUUAAGAAAUAACAUCAGCACAUUAUCCAAGAGAUAAUUUAAAAUGUAUAUAUUUCUAUAAUGUGAAUUUGUGUUGUCUCAUUUAUAAGAUUCCCUUUACCCUUUAUUGAAUAUUCAAAGAAAUCAUGUUAAUGUAACAACAUAUCAUUUUACUGAAGUCUUAUUUUUCAAAUGUUAUAAUUGUAUGAUAAAAAUUACCAGCAUGCCAGAGUACAGGAUAUCACACUUAUUUUUCAGUAUGUUAGUAUAAAUGCCCAAGGUCCCAUUUCACAUUUAUGUCUAAAUGGCCAUUGUCCCAUUUCACAUUUAAGUCUAAAUGGCCAUGGUCCCAUUUCACAUUUUAGUCUAAAUGGCCAAGGUCCUAUUUUACAUUUUAGUCUAAAUGGCCAUUUUCCCAUUUCACAUUUCAGUCUAAAUAGCCAUGGUCCCAUUUCACAUUUAAGUCUGAAAGGCCAAGGUCCUAUUGCACAUUUUAGUCUAAAUGGCCACAGUCCUAUUUCACAAAGCUCUGGUAGGAUAUUAGAAUGAACGUGCUGAAUUGGAAUCUAAGUAAAAAGAGAUGUGGGUUGUAAAUCAAUGAAACAGGAUUUCAAUGACACAACCCAAAGACAUCUAGUGGUUAACAUACAGUCGUCGAUUGAAGGCAAGUGUCUUUACAAUAUGUUUAGCUGCAAAUGUCUCUAAGAAGUUUUCUAAUAAAAAAACACACCCUUGACUUUUAAUCCUCAUUAGAUAGGCUCAGUGCCUGAUUAAUUGAUACAUUGAAACAUUACCUGAGGGAGCUGAAAAGUAAAAUUUUAUGAAUACAGUGAUUUAUUUCACAUUAGAAAUAUAUCAAAAUGUUGUGAAUUAUAACAAAUGGUAAAGUAUUUACUUACAGGUGGAGGAUACCCUUGGGUAGUCUUUCAGCAAUGGUUUUCCUCAUAGUGUAGUGAUUCAAAGUGAGACGGGUUAAUAACCUUGGUGGUUCAAAGUGCUUUUGAUAAUAAACUUUACCAGAACACAUCGAUAAAAUAAUGUAAUUUGAGUACAAAUAUCAACCAUGCAUUCACACAUGUCCUCUGGAUGUUUUAUAAAUUACUGUAAACCAAAUAAUUUUCACAGCUCCCCUUGUGCUAAAAUAAGACGAAUAUAAGUCGUUGCUAUUAUCAGUAUUUCCUAAUAUAGAUAUUUCAGGAAAAUGUGGAAAUUGCAAAAAUGAUGUCAUGUAGUCUAAAAGAAAGUACAAAAGAAGAAAUAAAAUAUCUGUGAAAAUAAGUUGGUUUAUAGUAUAAUUCUACUCAAUACGUUCUAAUUGAAAAGAAAGGACUGGAAAUAAUGAGUAACAUUUUAUUCCUCUUCGGUAUAUCAGUUACACUUAUUUAUUUCAAAAAGUGUAUUCAACAACAAAGAUUUUUUAAGUUAUUCUUAGAAAAUGUAUAAUUGUGAAAAAUUACAUUCUUUAAUAAGUACAUGUUUUAUUGUUGUGAAUCAGUAGAUAUCUUGGUUAUUGAGGAGAUUCCUUGUGUAUAUGAUCUGUGCAUUUUACAGUAUUAUUUAUUGUGUAAUGAUAUUUUAUCUGUUAUAUUUUCUAUUUAUUAUAGUUAAUGAUAAGCACAAAUUAAAAUGAUCACACACGCAA